AUGGAAGAAUGGUGGAAAGAUACUGGCAAUCCGCGAUGGACGAUGUAUGAAAAAACACCGAAGGAUGUUGUAUGUCCGUGUCGAAAAUGCAAAGGAGGAGUCAGGCUCGACCCCUUUAAGGGUGGUAAAUUCAAGGCGCACCUGCUCAUGCAUGGUUUCAUGGAUGGUCAUACUCGGUGGAUAAGUGAAGAUGAUGAUGAUGAUGACGUCGACGGGGGAGGAAAUAACGACAUGGGGCUAGACGAAGAUAUGACCGAUUAUGGGCCCCAAGAAGAAGACGGCCUCGGAAAUGGCGAUGGCGAAGAGGCAGUACAAGGAGGAGAAGACGCGGACACGUCGCCAUCUUCUUCGCUACUAAGUUCAGCCAUGCGGGACCCGCAUGUUCGAGACCUGCUUCGCAAGAAGACGACUAGCGACAGAGCUGCUUCUAGAGAGGAGGCCAAACUGGCACAACUGAAGGUAGACUCGAUGACUCCUUUGUAUGUGGUUACGAUCCUGAGACGUUUAGACGCUUAUUUUGAGGCAGAGAAAUACUUAUGUCUGCCCAUGGAGUCAUCUAAAAUUGAUGCCAGUGACAAGCAUCUGGAGAGCUACCUGACAUUGGGUUUGACAGUAUCACAGUCAAAGAAAGGAAGUACCAAGUUUCCUAAGGUCCUGUCGCUUCUUGCCACAUAUCUGGGCCGAUCAGUUCAGAAGAAUGAAGAAUUACUGGGUUCUAAUGGAAUAAAGGAGUCGACCACUAUUUUUCAUGGCCAGAAGGUGCCAGAUCUCAGUAUACAGCUCUAUGCAGAACGCAUUUUCAAAUAUGCCGAGUGCAGUCCAUCUUGCUUUGUGUUGGCACUUGUCUACAUGGAGAGAUAUCUACAGCAGCCAAAUGUGUACAUGACGCUCUUCAGCGUUCAUCGCUUGCUAAUUACAAGUGUGGUGGUUGCUGCCAAAUUCACAGAUGAUGCGUUUUUCAACAAUGCAUUCUAUGCCAGAGUGGGAGGAAUCAGCACAAUCGAGAUGAAUCGGCUUGAACUGGAUUUGUUGUUUAAUCUGGACUUCAGGCUGAAAGUGAACCUAGGGACAUUCGGGAGCUACUGCUUGCAGCUGGAGAAACAUGCACCGGUGUCACCAGAGAGACUGCCUGUUCAGGUUCAUUGUGUCAGUGUCAAAGGAUCUAAAGAUUUGGGCUAUAGCAGCAGUGGUAGCGCCGACGAAUUUUGCCAGAGCAAGCUUGUUCGCCAAAGCUACAGCAGUCAGGCUCUCCAAGGAUGCAGCUGA